AGGAGGGAAAUGGUAAUGGUCAUCACUUUGUAUGUUUCGUCUCCUCCGCGCCACCACCAUAUUUUUCACUUUUCCAGUUCCAAAAGCUUCAAUUCUGAUUCGCUACAAUUGUUGUGUUUUUUCCCCAAAGUUUCAUCGCCAUCGCCCCCCUCUCGCUACCGCCUCUGUUCCAAUUACCAUACGCGCACGCUACGUGUCUAUCGGCUGGUCCCGACCACCUUCACCACCCGAUCCGACCCUCCUUGCCCCCCAGGGUCUGUGAGAAGUUAUUUGUAUUUCAAGAUCAAGUACGGAUUUUCUUGCCGUCCUUUUCUGGAUGUCUCAUGUUCUUCUGCUCCUCCGCAUCGGAUGGGGAGGAUUCUAGUAGACCUGAAAAGGGUCUCGACUUAGAAGAUAACCUAGUAAGAUUUUGAUACAUAUAUAUAAAUUAGAAAUACAUGAAGAAAAACUCAAAUAUAGAUAGAUAAUGGACAUGCAAUUGUUUUCGUGCAUGUUCAAUUGGUUUUGUUUUGUUAAGGAAACAUUUUCGUGUAACAUCUUUAGUGAAUGAAUCCCAAAUUCUUCAACCUUCUAAGGAGAUGAUAAACUUGAGAUGUCAAAGGGUGGAAUUUAAUGUAGUU